GUCUUCAUCCAAAUAUAGUAUUGUUUCUGUCAAUUAUUUUUUUCGUUGUUAAAAUAAAUAUUGUGAGUGUUUAAAUCAUUAAAUAUGCACAUUAAAGAGGUGAAAAUCGAAAAUUUUUUAUCGAUUAGUAAUGAAUUAUUUUGGACUGACAUUCAUCCUGGUCUCAAUACUAUUGUUGGACACAAUGGAGCUGGAAAAAGUAAUUUUUUAUUAGCCAUAAAAUUUGUCUUAACAAAUGAUUAUCCAUGUUCAACUGAUAAUGAAAUACUAUCAUUUCUUAAUGAUAAAAAAAAAUCUAUGUUUAUUAAAAUAACAAUUGCAGACGAUGACAACAGAUUUCUGAUGGACAAAGAUAUUGUGACAUUUGCAAGACAAAUUGAAAUAACAAAUAAUUUGUACAAAAAUAUUUAUAUUCUGAAUGAUAGAAAAAUUACUAAAACUGAUUAUUUCGAGUGUUUGUCACGUGCUCGAAUUUUAUAUAAACGUCCACCUUAUAUUGUCAUGCAAGAUGAGGCAACGAGAAUUGUGAAAAUAUCAAAUUCCGAUCGAUUGGAAAUAUUUGAAGAUAUUUCGGGUAUGACAUUUACGAAAAAUAUGGAAAAAACAAUUAAUGAUUUAGAUGAAAAAUUUCAAGAAAAACUAUCAAUUCUCGAUGAAGUUGGCGAAAAAUUAGACAUGAAUGUUGAAUAUUUAGAAGGCAAAUAUCAGGAUGUGAAAAAAUAUAAACAAUUAAAAGGUGAAAUUGAUUCGAUAAUACGAAUAAUUGCUUUUCGUAAGAUAAAAAAAAUUGAGGACAAUCUAAAAGAAUUUAAUGAUAAAAUAAGGCAAAAUAAUAGAAUGGAAACUGAAGUUGCAAUUGAAUUUUCCAAAACUGACGAAUUAUGCAAUAAUUUGGAAAAUUCGUUGAUAUUAUUGAAAAAUGAAUUGGAAAAUAUCAAAAAAAUUGGCAAUAAUUCAUCAACUAAACAUAAAAGUAAUGAAGUAAAUAAAUUGGAAAUUAAUUCUCGAAUUGAAAUUUUGGAAGAAGAAUUAAAAAAUUUGAUUGAUGAUGAAAAAAUGGAAAAAGAAAAAUUGGAUGAAAAAAUUCGCGAAAUGGCCGAAUUUGAAAUUGUUUCUCCGAGAAUUGAAAUUCCUGGAGAUCAUGAUGAAAUUGAAAGACAAAAAGCCGCGAAAUUGUCUCAAUUUAAGGAGAUUUACGUGAAAAAAAAUAUAUAUCAAAUUUCUUCCGAUCAGAACGAAAGGGAAAAUUUAUUGAAAAAUGAAAUUAUUCAACAACAAGAGAAAAAAGUUGAAUAUGAAAUGGAAUUGGAAAAAAUAAAAGUACAAAUUAAUUCUGAUACAAAUGAGAAAAUUGAAUUUGAGAGAAAAAUUUUUGAAUUAGAGGAGAAAAUAAAAUCUGAAGAAUCAAAAAUUGCCGCCAUUACUUUAACAUUUCAAAAUGAAAUAAUUUCUGAAUUUUCAAAAAAAUUAGCAGAAUUACGAGAUGAAUUUUAUGAAAAAGAAAAAAUUCUUGUCGAAGUAAAAUCGAAAUUAGCGGAUGUUGAUGGAAAAUUUCGUACUUGUAUGAAAAAAGAAAUUUAUGAUGCAAUAACGAGCGUUGAAAAAGUUAUUGAAUCUUUCAGAAUUAGUGGUGAUAAUACAGAUGAAUAUUAUGGAUUAUUAUUGAAUAAUUUUCAAGUAGUAAAUCGUAAUUAUCAAUAUUUAAUUGAUCGUAUUGGAGGAAGACGUUUAUUUUAUUUUCUCGUUGAGAGUACAAAUUUUUCAUUAAAAUUAAUUGAACAAAUGAGCAAUUUAAAUCUUCCAGGAAAGGCAAUUUUUUUCCCCCUUGAUCGUAUUCGUUUUAGACAAAAAAAUAUCGAUGACGAAAAUAUUGUCAAUGCAUUGAAUAUGUUGAUUUACGAUGAAAAAUAUGAUGACGCCAUAAAAUCAGUUUUUGGAAAUGUUUGGGUUUGUCGUGAUUUUAAAACAGCAAAAACAAUUUCACAACGUUAUAAUGUAUUUUGUUGUACAACUGAAGGAUUAAAAAUAUUUGGCAAUGGCAUGAGUUUUGGUGGUAAUUGGAAAAAAAAAACUUCACCAUCUGAACUUUAUAAAUUAAAACAGGAAUUAGCGAAUAAAGAGAAACAUCUUCAAUUUGAAGUAAAUGAAAUUCAUGAGAAAAUUGAACAAUACAAACAAACAAAUGAGGCAAAUAAAAAUCGUUGUGAAAAAAAUGAUCAUCAAAAAAUUUUAUUAUCAAUGAAAUUAGAAUUAGAUCGUCAAAAAUACGCAAGAGAAUUACAAUUAAAAAAAAUUGUCGACGCAAAACAAAUUAGAAAUCAAUUGCAAUUAAAAAUUGAAAAAAUUUCAUUGAAAAUUGAAUCAUUGAAAAAUAAUUUAAAUAAUGAAAAUUAUUUCUCACAAUUACAGGAGGAGGAGGAGAUAAAUCAAAUAAAAAUUUUACGAAAAGAUAUUGUUGAUUUAGAAAAAACGAGCAUUAAAUUAAGAAAAUCAACUCAAAUUCUUGUGAAUGUUGAAGAAAAUGAAGAAAAAAAAUUAAAAAUCCAAAUUGAAAAGAUGAAGAAUCAUUUAGAAAAAAUUGUCAAAUCAAAAGAAGAAAAAGAAUUUGAAAUUGAAAAUUUAAAAUUAAAUCUCAUUGAUAUUGAAUCACGCAAUAUGACUGUGAAUUUUUUCGAAGAUUCUAAGGAAAAAAUUCAUGAAUUUGAAAUUAAGAUUCAAGAAAUAGAAGAAAAUUUAAUGAAAGUCGAUUUGGAACGCGAUGAAUUUGAAAAUCAAUUAAUAAAUGUGGAAGAAGAAAAAAAAUUGAUUGAAUCAAAACUCAAUAGAUUAGAGGAACGUCGAAAAAAAUAUGAAGAGGAAAUUUGUAAUGCAAAAACAAAAUGUUCUAAAGAACGUGAUUUUAUAAAGCAAUCUGAUAAUGAUUUAUAUGAGAAACUUCAAAAAUCAGAAGAAAAGUUUCUGAAGCUUAAAAACAAAGUUCAUUUGAGAGUUGAAGAAUCAUUGGAAAAGACGAAUAAUUUUAAUGUGGAAUUUCAAGCUCAGAUGGAACAAUUGAAAAAUAUGGGAAAUUUAGAUGAAUGUAGAAGGGAAUGUCAAAUUAUGAAUGAAGUUUUAAUAGAGGAAGAAUUUACAAAAUUAUCUCAAAAUUUUGAUAAAUAUUUCAAUACAUUUGUACCAGACGGCAGAGGUGAAUUGGUUAGAAAAAUCGUUUCUCUAGCUCCUGGAGUACAGGACACUUUAAUUGGAAUUGAUUUGUGCGUGGAAUAUUCGGGCGUUAAGAAACUUGUCAAAUCUUUAUCACCUGGUGAACAAUGUUGUGUAUCGAUUGCAUUUAUUCUUGCUGCCGCUGAAAAUGAAUUGCCACCAUUUUUUAUUUUUGAUGAAAUUGACGCUGCAUUAUCACAGGCAAAUUCAUUAGUUUUUUGCGAUAUUUUGGAAAAUAUCAGUCAAAAUACACAAAUUUUCAUCGUUUCACACAACCCAGAAAUCAUUUGUCGUGGAAGGCAACUUUUUAAAGUGAUAAAUGUGAACGGUCUUUCUAAAAUUUUUCCCUUUGUAACAGAGGAAAAUAAUUUUGAACGAAUUUUUGAAGGUGACGACAGUGGAUUCUCUCCAGAUGAAUAGGUUUUUGUUUUUAAUUUAAAAUAUUUUUUUUUUCAAAUUAUUAUUAUUAUUAUUUUAAUAAUUUAUUUUAUUAUUUUGAAUAAUUGCAGUUAUUUUUCGUUAUUUUCAUUUAUUUUCAUACGUUUUUUUUUCUUUUUGAACUAUUUGUUUUUUUUGUGUUUUUUCGAAUUUCGUAAUUUUUU